AUGGUAUUGUUACAAUUCGAUAUAACUUUUGUUCCUCUUCGCGCUUUCAAAGGGCAGAUACUAGCAGACUUUCUGGCAGCUCACCCGCUUCCAGCUGAGGCCCCUCUCAAUGAUAAUCUACCAGAUGAGCAAGUGCUGAAUGUAGAAUCUCCCAAUGAGAAAUGUUGGAAAAUGUAUUUUGACGGAGCUGCAUCAGCUACAAGAGUCCAAGGUUCACAUACAAGAGUCCAAGGUUCACAUUCACAUAAAGUGAUACCUGGAAAGGCAGGAAUUGGCUUAGUGUUCGUGACACCAGAGCGUGGAAUGAUUAGAUAUUCCUAUCAUCUUUUAGAGUCGUGCAUUAAUAAGGAAGUGGAGUAUGAGGCCUUAAUAGCGAGAUUAGAACUGAAAAUUUUGAUGGGUAUUACAGAUGUCAACAUAUACGGGGAUUCGCUGUUGAUUAUCCAACAGAUCGCCGGUCAAUACAGAAUUAUGAAACUGAGACUUGAGGAAUACUAUGAGUUUGCCAUAAAACUAUUACAACAAAUCUCGAAUGUUACUUUGUACAAGAUUCCUCAAGGGAAUAACUCGCAUGCGGACGCUUUAGCAAAGUUAGCUAAAGAACUCGCAUGCCCACCGCCAUAUUCAGUUAAUAUUGUUGUUAGAGGAAGACAAGUGUUAUCCAGAAUUGAUAUAGAAAGUGAUAUAGAAAGACUAUGGAAAGACUAUGUGAAGCAGAAGAAAAUGAUUAGUAAUAGUAACUACAACAGCUGA